UUGGUGGACACUGCCUGUGUGUGGCUUAAUGAAGGAACUAGACGUUUGCUUAGAGCAGGAAUGUGGAACAAAUUUGGAACACCUUUUACAGAGCCAAUGUCUAAAGGAGAGGUAGCUUUGGCUCGAAUUGAUGAUAUUAUAAAUAUGCUCCAGCGUGAUUCUAUAUGGCCCCUUACUUUUGGUCUAGCAUGUUGUGCAGUGGAAAUGAUGCAUUUUGCUGCCCCAAGAUAUGACAUGGAUCGCUUUGGUGUUGUUUUCAGACCGUCUCCUCGUCAGACUGACUUGAUGCUCAUUGCUGGAACAGUAACAAAUAAAAUAGCUCCUGCUGUACGGCGAAUUUUUGAUCAGAUGCCAGAAGCAAAGUGGGUGAUUAGUAUGGGCUCUUGCGCCAAUGGUGGAGGUUACUAUCAUUAUGCCUAUUCUGUUUUGAGAGGUGUUGAUCGUAUUAUGCCAGUCGAUAUUUAUGUGCCAGGUUGCCCUCCUUCUGCAGAGGCUCUCUUAUAUGGUGUGUUACAGUUACAAAAAAAAAUUAAGCGGAAGCGGGAAGCUCAGUUGUGGUAUAGGCGAUAA